AUGCAAUUACCAACUGAUUCUCUCACAAUUGGACAUGUUGAAGAAAGUGGUGUUAUUCUUCACCUUGUGAUUCAUGCACCUUAUGGUCCAAUAGUUAUCAAGCAAAUGUGUGGACGUGGAAGAUAUAAUGAAUUGUCUAUGUUAAAUAUUCAAACUAUUCAGAAAUGUUGUGCAAAAUUUGAUAGUCGAAUACAUUCAAUUGUUUUAGGUAAAUCUACUUUACCUAUUGAAAAGAGUUUGAUGGAUUUCAUAUGGAAUAAAAUGCGCAUCAAUGAUAAUCGAUCAACUAAUAAUACUUAUGGAUUUGAUUCCUUCGAUCGAGAAAAUAGAGAAUCUAUGUGUCCACCAGGUAGUAUUGAUUUUCUUUUCUUUUUGUUUUACAAACACAUAUAUUAUUAUAAAAUAGGAUGGAAACGAAUCGGUAUUAAAGUAGCAAAUAAUGAUGCUGCCUUUGAUUCUAAAUGGGGUUCGUGGCAUGUUGCUUAUCAUGGCACACAAGGUCCCUAUGCACCAUUCAUUUUAACAUCAGGCUUACGCGUAUCAAAUCAACAAUAUUUUAUACCUGGAAAUCAUCAAGCCAUUUGUUUAUCACCGAGUAUUGAAUAUGCAGCUCAUCCACGAUAUACUCGUCUAUGGAGAACUGUUCCAAAUGAUGGUGAAAAGUGUCGAUAUUAUCAACUCGUGUUUCAAUGUCGUGUGAAUCCAGCUGCAGUAGGUGAUCCUAAGCCUGAAACAUUGCUUCAAGACAUUCACAAGACUACGCGCAUUGAUAAAGAUUUUCGUAAUGAAGAACUCGAAUGGAUUAUACAAGCUAAUACUGCUACAGAAGAACAUAUUCGUGAUUAUAUUGUGUGUUAUGGUCUCAUGAUCCGAGUAAUUGAUAGUGAACCGAACGAUCUGUCGAUCUUAAAUUGGUGGAAGCAUACGAAUUGCGAUGAAUAUUAA